GGGUGCUGGGUGGUGUAGAUGAUCCACAUUUACUCUCUGCAGUCGUGUGUCUGUGGGAGCAGAGCUAAAUAAGGAAGGGCCCAGUGAAACGUUUUGGGUCACUGCUAAUAAUUGCAAAUGGCAGCACAAUGUGUAACUAAAGUGGAACUAAGCGUUUCCUGUGACAAUCUACUAGAUAAAGAUGUUGGGUCCAAAUCAGAUCCAUUAUGUGUCUUCCUCAUGAACACAAGUGGUCAGCAGCAGUGGUUUGAGAUUGAUCGCACAGAAAGAAUUCAGAAUAAUUUAAACCCCAAAUUCUGCAAGAGGUUUUUGGUUGACUACUACUUUGAGAUAGUCCAGAAGCUGAAGUUUGGGAUUUAUGAUAUUGAUAAUAAAACAUAUGAUCUGGAUGAUGAUGACUUCUUGGGAGAGUUUGAAUGUACUUUGGGACAAAUUGUCUCCAGUAAGAAAAUAACCAAACCUCUUGUAUUAAAAAAUGGAAGACCAGCAGGAAAAGGAACAAUUACGAUAUUUGCAGAAGAAAUAAAAGAUAACCGAGUGGUGCAGUUUGAAGUUGAAGCAAGAAAACUGGACAAAAAGGAUUUUUUUGGAAAAUCGGACCCUUACUUGGAAUUUUACAGGCAAGCUGAUGAUGGAAGAUGGCAGAUGGCCCACAGAACAGAGGUCAUUAAAAACAAUCUGAAUCCUGUGUGGAGACCCUUCAAGAUACCACUUCAGGCUCUCUGUAAUGGGGACAUGGAGAAGCCUAUCCGGGUUGAGUGUUAUGACUACGACAGUAAUGGCUCCCAUGACUUGAUUGGAAUCUUUCAGACCACGAUGUCCACCCUAAAGGAAGCAAGUCGCUCAAUGCCAGUGGAAUUUGACUGCAUAAAUGAAAAGAAGAAGCAGAAGAAGAAAAGCUACAGAAACUCUGGGGUAGUCAGUGUCAAGCAUUGCCAGAUUACAGUAGAAUACACAUUUCUUGACUACGUUAUGGGAGGAUGCCAGAUGAACUUUGUUGUUGGAAUUGACUUCACGGGAUCAAAUGGCGAUCCUAAAUCACCAAACUCCCUGCACUACAUUAGUCCCAACGGAGUCAAUGAGUACUUGCAUGCCAUCUGGUCAGUGGGCUUGGUUAUUCAGGAUUACGACACUGAUAAAAUGUUCCCGGCCUUCGGCUUUGGAGCUCAGAUACCACCAACGGGGCAGGUCUCGCAUGAAUUCCCGCUAAAUUUUGACCCAUCAAAUCCGUUCUGUGCUGGUAUCGAGGGAAUUGUAUCUGCGUAUCGCAGCUGCCUACCCCAAGUAAAACUCUACGGACCCACCAACUUUUCUCCAAUCAUCAACCACGUGGCCAGGUUUGCUGCGGCUGCCUCGCAACAACAGACGGCUUCACAAUACUUUGUGCUCCUGAUCAUAACCGAUGGGGUGAUAACGGAUCUUGAUCAGACUCGACAAGCCAUCGUCAACGCUGCCAAACUCCCAAUGUCCAUAAUAAUAAUUGGCGUUGGGGGUGCUGACUUUAGUGCCAUGGAAUUUUUGGAUGGAGACAACGGAGGCCUGCGAUCACCUACUGGGGAGAUGGCUAUCAGAGACAUUGUGCAGUUUGUGCCUUUCAGGAAUUUUGCACAGGCUCCAAAGGAAGCGCUUCAACAGAGCGUCUUGGCCGAGAUCCCACAACAAGUCGUCUCCUAUUUUAAUACAUACAAACUAAAGCCACCAAAUGACCCUGCUGCCAAAUGAAGACGCUGCCGUGACCUUAAUAAGUGGUCUAGAUUAUAUAUGUAUAAUAACCCUUCUGUAUAUAACAUGUCCUUAUUGUAAUAUGCUAAGAUGCCACAGAAAAGUUACAACUCUUAUUUUAUAACUUUUACUUAUCUGCCAAAUCUGCCGACUAUCACACUAUUGCGGGUUUGAUUUCAUCAUUUUUUAUGACAGCUUAUGUGACUUGCUGGAGCCGCCGGGUCAUCCACAGUGACAGCCUCAUUAUAUAAAAGACGCAGAGAUGGGUCUGUAGUACAUCUGGGAAAUGCUGUGUAUAAUGUGGGACUGUAAUUGGAUAGGUCUUUAUUCAUCUCUCAUGGUUUAUCAUUUCAACAUACUGUAUAUUGAACUAGACAGUCUAACAGAAAAUGGAAAACCCAAGAGACUCCUCUUAAUUCUAGGAUACGUUUGAACUGUCUGCGGUGCUUCACAAUUCGCAGUUCAUCUUUCUCAUUAGUUUAAAAUGGUCUGAUAUUGAGGUAAAGGUGAGAGUUCUGCAGAACUUACAACUUCAAAAAGUCAUUGCGGCAGGAGUUACUAUUGACCAAGGAUGCCCCUUUUCUGGUCCAAGGGCCGCACAGUCCUAUUGAACCACUCCCAAGGACCGCAAUAAAACUUGAAAGGGUAUUAUCAUCUCAGAAAUUUAUGGUAUAUCAAAGGUAUCUGUCCUAAAUGUUGUUUCCACUUACAGAACACCCAGGUAUCAGGAGAUUGGGGGUUCCCUUCUUCCCUGUUCGAGGUAACCAUGCAUGUGGCUGUCUCCAUUGUAGUUUUCCGAAAUGACCAAGUGCCUCACUGCUCCUAUAAAACUAGAAUGAGGAUGGUUGCAUGCAUCCAGAUGGCUAGUGGCCCCAGUGCUGCAGGUUGUGAACACCUGCUGUAGACCAAAUACCUGCAAUGACUAUGCACAAAAAGAAAGCUAAGAUACAGUAUGUAAGUACCAUUGGAGCAGUUGUCCCUCACAUUAGAAGUGCAUUGUCCAACCUGCCUAGUGAAGAAUUUUUUUUGGCAAAGGGUUCAAAGGGGGAGUUAAAAAAAUAAAAGCAGUAAAACUCAGCCUCACCACUUUCACCACAGCUCCUGUUUGAUCAUUUACCAGGUCCUUGCUGGUCUCUACUUCCUGGUGCUAGCUUGACAAACAGGAAAUAGCUGCUCGGCCAACCACCGGGUGAGGCGGGUCAACGCUCCAACUAGUGCUUAGAUGGCAUUCCCUGUGUGUGGAGACAGGACCAGGAAGUAGAUACUGGCAGGAACCUGGGAAAUGCUGAAACGGGAACAGAAGGGAUUAGUGAGGAGGGUAUAACUUCUUUAAUUUUUUUAUCCACUCCUUUCACCAAACUUUUUCCCAACUGGACAUCCCCUUUAAAGGAGUUGUCCUAUCUCAGACUUUCAUGGUCGAGAUGGGAAAAACCCACAGUAAGCACUGACCCAGGGUGGCCAGAGUUAUGGAAACAUCUGAGCGGUCGGGGCUCUGCGGUUUCCAUAACUCCCAAGGCAGUGAAUGGGAUACCAACAGAAUAGCACAGUUAUUUCUCCUGCUUCUGUAACUUGCUUACUUGGGUUAUCUCCAUCUUGGGCAUGAAAAGCUGAGAUGGGACAGCCCAUUUAUGAAACUGACUUAUUUCCAUGCGCAAAACUGCAGGUUUUCUUUGCACAUUUACUCAUAUUGAAAAUUACAGCAUACUACUCUUGAGAGCAAACAUAUUAGUUAUUUUGUCGGCCAUUGUUUUAAUAGUUUUACUUAUCGAUUAUUGUAAAAUUUUUAUAUAUUGUUUUAUAUUGUAGGUUGUGACUCAUUUAUGUUUAUAUAAAGCAGAUUCAUUUCAACAAAAUGUUGUUU